CUGAAGAAAAAAAGGGGGCGUCUCCCCUUUAAAGACUCGCAGAGAUUGAGAAAGUCAGGGACAGAGAAUCAGAGAGAGUCCGUCUGUCUCUGGGAAAGGAGAACGUCUCUCCGCACAGUGAUUUGCACUGGGGGAAGAGGCAUCCGCUGGCUUCAGACCCAAGGGGGAGCCGGGACCAGGUCACCCCGGCGGAGACAAGUGAGCGUCGCCCCUCCCUGCCCCUCUCCUCCCGGGAAUGUCUCGGCGAAAGCAGCGGAAACCUCAGCAGCUGAUCUCGGACUGUGAAGGUCCCAGCGCGUCUGAGAACGGUGAUGCUGGCGAGGGUGACCGCCCCCAAGUCUGUGCCAAAUGCUGCGCGCAGUUCACUGACCCAGCUGAAUUCCUCGCCCACCAGAACGCAUGCUCUACUGACCCUCCUGUAAUGGUGAUUAUUGGGGGCCAGGAGAACCCCAACAACUCUUCUGCCGCCUCUGAACCCCGGCCUGAGGGUCACAGUAGCCCUCAGGUCAUGGAUGUAGAGCACAGCAACCCCCCAGAUGCCGGGUCCUCGGGGCCCAUGGAUCCCGCCUGGGGCCAAGAGCGGAGAGGAGAGGAAUCUGCCGGGCAUUUCCUAGUCGCUGCUACAGGUACAGCGGCUGGGGGAGGCGGCGGCCUGAUCUUGGCCAGUCCCAAGCUGGGAGCAACCCCGUUACCUCCAGAAUCUACCCCCGCACCUCCCCCUCCACCGCCUCCGCCUCCGCCCCCAGGAGUAGGCAGCGGCCACUUGAACAUCCCUCUGAUCUUGGAAGAGCUGCGGGUGUUGCAGCAGCGCCAGAUCCAUCAAAUGCAAAUGACUGAGCAGAUCUGCCGGCAGGUGCUGCUGCUGGGUUCCCUGGGCCAAACCGUGGGUGCCCCUGCGAGUCCCUCAGAGCUGCCGGGCACGGGGACUGCCUCCUCCACCAAGCCCCUGCUGCCCCUUUUCAGCCCUAUCAAGCCUGUGCAAACUGGCAAGACACUGGCACCUUCCUCUUCCUCCUCCUCCUCCUCAGCGGCAGAAACGCCAAAGCAGGCUUUCUUCCACCUGUACCACCCGCUGGGCUCACAGCAUCCCUUCUCUGCUGGAGGGGUUGCGCGAAGCCACAAACCUGCCCCCACGCCCUCCUCAGCCCUGACAGGCAGCACAGAUCAGCUGAUGGCCUCGCCUCAUCUGGCAUUCCCAGGCAGCACAGGACUGUUGGCAGCACAAUGCCUCGGGACAGCCCGCGGCCUGGAGGCCACUGCCUCCCCUGGGCUCCUGAAGCCAAAGAACGGAAGUGGCGAGCUGGGCUAUGGGGAAGUGAUGGGUCCCUUGGAGAAGCCUGGCGGAAGGCACAAAUGCCGCUUCUGCGCCAAAGUGUUUGGCAGUGACAGCGCCCUGCAGAUCCACCUUCGUUCCCAUACGGGUGAGAGGCCCUACAAGUGCAAUGUCUGUGGGAACCGCUUCACCACCCGAGGCAACCUCAAAGUGCACUUCCACCGCCAUAGAGAGAAGUACCCGCACGUGCAGAUGAACCCACACCCAGUGCCGGAGCACCUAGACUAUGUCAUCACCAGCAGCGGCCUGCCCUAUGGUAUGUCUGUGCCCCCGGAGAAGGCCGAAGAGGAGGGAGCCGCACCGGGCGGGGGUGUGGAACGCAAGCCUCUGGCGGCCUCCACCACAGCCCUCAGUGCCACAGAGAGCCUCACACUGCUCUCCACCGGUGCGGGCACAGUCACGGCUCCGGGGCUCCCUGCUUUCAAUAAGUUCGUGCUCAUGAAAGCCGUAGAACCCAAGAAUAAGGCUGAUGAAAACACGCCCCCGGGAAAUGAGGGCUCGGCUAUCAGCGGGGUGGCAGAAAGUGGCACAGCAACCCGAAUGCAGCUGAGUAAGCUGGUGACUUCGCUGCCCAGCUGGGCACUGCUCACCAACCACUUCAAGUCCACUGGCAGCUUCCCCUUCCCCUAUGUGCUAGAGCCCUUGGGGGCCUCUCCCUCGGAGACAUCAAAGCUCCAGCAGCUGGUAGAGAAGAUUGACCGACAGGGAGCUGUGGCAGUGGCUUCUACCGCUGCUGCCGCCCCCACCACCUCUGCCCCUGCGCCUUCUUCCUCGACCUCUUCUGGACCCAACCAGUGUGUCAUCUGCCUGCGGGUGCUGAGCUGUCCUCGGGCCCUCCGCCUGCAUUAUGGUCAACACGGAGGAGAGCGACCCUUCAAAUGCAAAGUGUGUGGCAGAGCCUUCUCCACCCGGGGCAACCUGCGAGCACAUUUCGUGGGCCACAAGGCAAGUCCAGCUGCCCGGGCGCAGAACUCCUGCCCCAUCUGCCAGAAGAAGUUCACCAACGCUGUCACUCUGCAGCAGCAUGUGCGCAUGCAUCUGGGAGGCCAGAUCCCCAACGGCGCUGCUGCGGUCGCUGAGGGAGGAGGAGCUGCCCCGGAGAAUGGCUCUGAGCAGUGUGCGGUCUCCGCGGCAGGGAGCUUCCCCCAGCAGCCCUCGCAGCAGCCAUCCCCAGAAGAGCUGUCUGAGGAAGAGGACGAGGAGGAGGAAGAGGAGGAGGAUGUGACCGACGAAGAUUCCCUGGCGGGAAGAGGCUCGGAGAGCGGAGGCGAGAAGGCGAUAUCAGUUCGCGGUGACUCGGAAGAGGCCUCUGGGGCGGAGGAGGAGGCGGCGGCGGCCACCGGGAAGGAGAUGGACAGUAACGAGAAAGCAGCGCAGCAGCCCUCCCUGCCACCGCCUCCACCCCCAGCGGACAGUCUGGAGCAAGCCCAGCCCGUGGAGCAGGGGAGCAGUGAUGUUCCAGGAGGCCCGGAGGAGGGACGCAGACCGGAGAGGAGCUCAAGCCCACGGCCCACCGCGGCCCUCAGCCCGGAAGCGGGAGGCACCAGCACCCCUUUGGGGGAGGAGCUGAGCCUGCAGGAAGCCAUGAGGAGGGAGCCCGGAGAGAGCGGUGGCAGAAAGGCCUGUGAGGCGUGUGGCCAGGCCUUUCCCAGCCAGACGGCUCUGGAGGAGCACCAGAAGACCCACGCCAAGGAGGGGCCACUCUUCACCUGUGUGUUUUGCAGGCAGGGCUUCCUGGAGAGGGCUACUCUCAAGAAGCACAUGCUGCUGGCUCAUCACCAGGUGCACCUGAGCACCCAUCAUCGGACCCACAGCCCAGCCCAAAGGGACUGGCAGCUGUCUCCAGAGGGCCAAGUGCCACUCUCACUGGUGACCAGUUCACAGUGCAGGACCUCGUGUCCCAGGACCUUCCUGCCCUACCGUUCUGCAACAGUACAGGGCUUUCUCGUCAGCGUGACCUGUAUGCUACGCCCGGAGCCCCAGCCUCCCCUCCACUGCCAUUUCGGGCUUGGCGCUCCCAGCUCCCAGUGCUGUGCGGUCUGCAACUGUGGCGGGGAAGGCGGCUGCAACACUCCUCGAGAGAGGCAAGGGGAAGACAGCCCCUCCUAUUUCGGCUGGAAGCGGUGAGGUGGAAGAGAAGCUAUAAAGCACACAUCCUUCCUCCACGUCCUGCUCCAGAAGGUGCCGAUGAAGCCCUUCCAGUAGUUGUGUCCAGACCGAGGGCGGUAGGGAGAAAUGCAGCACACAUUUCAGCACCUGCGUUGGUAGUCACAUGAAGGCCUCCACGCUGACUGAUGGGUGCGCCAGGGCUUCUCCAGGCUCUCAUUCAUCACUGCUUCUCAGCACGGGUAAACCAGCAGACUUCUUGCCAAGAGACCUCCUAUUUUGGGAAAUGUGAAGUUAGUUCACAUCUCAAAUGAGCUCUGCUGGUGAAGGUGGUAGAGGAGGUAAUGACAGAGUGGAAAAAUGUUGCUGAAACAUAGGGCGUGCUGGGAAUCUGUGGUGGAAAAAUGGGCACUGAUACAAGAGGAGGGAUGUGGAAUUCUCGUCAAUGUUCUUUCGGGCUAAUAGUGACGUGGUGUACGGCAGUGCACCGGGGUCGUGGGAGAUUGCCUAGCACUAGUGUGCUUCUAGUUUUAGAUAAACUCCCUCUUUUAUUCCCUGACCCUUUGUAUUUUCCUUACCUUUCUCUCUUAAGGUCCCUUUCCUCCCCUUUUGACUGAUCAAGGACCGAGGAUUUUGUCUUUGCCUCUGUCUGGUUCUUAGGUUCCCAGACAUGGGGAGAGAGAAGCUCCAGGUGCCCCUCCCUGCCUCCCUGUCUUGUAGUGAGAUGUAGUGCUUACUGUUAACAUAGGACCCUUCGGAACUGGAGCCCUGAGAGGAGAAAGUGAGGGUUUUGCUGUUGAUUGAUGCUGACGUGAAUGAUGGCUUCUCCUCCAAAGUACAGUAGUGGGCUCCAGCUCUUACUAACAUAGUGAAAUGCCAAGACCAGACAGGAGAUACUAGUGUCCUCCCCCAUCAUUAAAGGUGUUUUGGCCAAAUA